AUGUAUUCGACGUUGGAGAAAUCCCAAGAAAGAUCCAAAUACGUUAUACCCUCCGCAAUAUUUCCUGCUCCACCAGCAGGUACAGGAGACUCCUCCAAAGGUACAGUUGAAAACGAGGCAUCAUCCUCCAAUCAAUCUGAAACCAAUGGAAAAUCCCAUACCACACCUAAUCCCUUGAAGAUGUCAAUCAUCAAAGAAUAUAACCGGAGUAUGAAGAGGAUACCCUGCCGGUACUUCCAGACUGCUGUAAAAAACUGGAAACAAGAGGUAGACGAAGCAACAGGAAAAAAGAGAGAAGCGCCUCCAUUUCGACCAGGAUGCUAUUUUGGAAACAAAUGCCAUUACGCCCAUAUUGACCCUCAGACCGGCCAGCCAUAUAUAUUCGAUGCCGCUCUCAUCAAAGAGAUUGACAGAAAGCGAUCACGGCGGAAAACCCAACGCCGAGGAUGGAGUGAUAUGUAUGAUUAUCCUGCUUUCUUUGGUGGUCUAGAGCCAGAUCUUGAGUAUGCUUUUCUAUCUUCCUUUCUAGAAACAGGCAAUGAUUGGGAUAUACUUGAUGACAGCGAUUAA